UAUGUUAAAACAAAUUGCUUUAAAAUAUAACGCAGUUUGUAAUAAAAACUUAAAUAAUUGUAAAUAAUAAUAACUUUUAUUUUGUGAACUAAUGUCUGGUUUAGACAAGAAUCGAGUAAUCGGUGUAACCGAUGAGGAAUUGGAUGAAUACACGUGUGGUAUAUGUCUGGAGGUUUUUGUCGAUCCUGUGGUCACCCAAUGCUGUCAACAAACUUAUUGUAGUGAAUGUAUGUACGGUUGGCUCUCAGACCACAAUACCUGUCCCAAUGAUCGUAAGGAGUUGAGUCGUGAAGGGUUGGGUCGGGCGCCAAGAUUUGUCGUUAAUUUACUGAAUAAUAUGAAAGUAAAAUGCGAUUUCUAUGCCAAUGGCUGUAAAUCAGUGGUGAAAAUGAGUGAAUUGUCACAACAUAUAGAUUAUUGCGAUUAUAAUGAAAGCCGAAAGUGUGCGACCUGUCACCUGCCUAUUGAUGGCAAUACUCAACACAACUGUAUUGAGAAUCUAUUGAUUCAUAAUAAAAGUCUUUGCGAUGAAAUCAAGAGAAUCCAAUCGGAUAAUCAUAAAUUGAGUAUGUGUGGUGUGAUUGAGUUGGCUCGUAAAGACCUGGAUAAUUGCAGUGUGAAAUCACGAAAGAAUAUAUCGUCGAUUGAAAUGGAGUUAUGCAUCAAAAGCACCAAAGAGGUCAUCAGUAGGUGCAACAGCUUUAUGGAUAUAUCGACGCACAUACACAAUGUAUUGAAUGAUAAUACGGAUGACACGGCUAACAGAUUAUGGCAUUGCAUUGCAUUCUCCAAACACGGCGGAGAGUCUCUCGUAACGUCCAAACAAUACUGUCAUCUGGUGUGUGGUUUGCUUCACAUCGAAGCUUACUAUGCACUGCACAAUGCUAUAUCAACGGAUGUUUAG